AUGGUCAAUCCGAAGCGCACCGUGCGGGUGUACCUCCAGCGCCCCGGCCUCGACGCUGAAAAGCGUCUCAUCAGCAGCCUCCCCCGCGACAAGCUCCUGGAGCAUAGCGCCGAGUUCGCGGCCUUCCUCGAGUCCUGGCCGGUCGACGACGAGUCCCAGCGCGAGAUCGUCCUCCCAGAAGGCUCCCCCUCCGCCCUCCAGCAUGUAUUCGGCAUAAUCAAGGCCCACAGGGGCCGCCAAGGGCUAUACAUCAACCUCAAGGAUCUCACGAUCCCGCAGAAGCUUGCCGUCUGGAACGCCUGCCAACUCCUGGACAUUCGGCCUAAGGAUGCUCUGAAGGCCGUCGGCAACAACCUCGCAUGGGUCAUCUCCCACGCCAAGACAACACCUGAAAUCAUGCGCGCGACAUAUGACUGCACCAUAAUGUUCAAAGACAGCAAAGACAAGGACCAAUCGAAGCUUUGGCACAGCAUGAUCCACCAAUACGUCUGGGAUCUCAUCCACGGCAAAUUCGAGGAGCAAGAAGAAGAAGCAUUGAUCGAUACCUACUCGCCAUAUUCGGAGCUCGCCGCCGCCAUUGAUGCAAAAUACGAUGAACUCAAAGCCAAGUACAAGGUCUUUCAUGCGAACCGCGAAGAGAACCAUCGUCGUCGUGCCAAUCGUCGGAUCCGCCGGACCUAUGAGCGUCGUGAUGCCGCCAGAGAGCGAGUCAUCGAAGAGGUCGCAGCUGGAGUUCGACCAAUGAGUGAGAGAUUGAGGGAGGCAGUUCUGGCCCGGGAGCGAGUGCCAUCAUGA